GUGCGCAGAUGACACGCACACAUACAUACACGCGUGCUCUGAACUUUGGAUGCUGUCACUGAUCAGGUGAAAGAUAAAUACACAGCACAAGAACAAGAAUUAAGUACCUGCAGCUUCCUGAUGAUCUCUCACAGAAGACUUCUGCUGGGCUGCACUUUAGAGUUUGGGUUUUACGCCGAGACAGCCUCCUAGACAGAAAACGACAUUGUUUUACUUUUCACAUCUGGUUUCCUGCAACUCACUUUCCACAGUUUGCAAAAGAGGGAAAACCUCAGCCACCAUGACAAUCGGCAAGAGUUCCAAGAAGAUUAACGCUCCUCGAUCCCCUCCUUUCCUGGACCGGGCCACUGGAUUCUACGGCCGUUUAGAUGAAAGAGAAGUCGAAACGAGGAAGGAGGUGGAGACCAGGGAGAAGGAGGCAGCUUUCAAGCCUGCAGUGGCAGAGUGGAGCGGCAUCCCGGCCCCCAAAGGCUCGGGCUUGCCAGCCGAAGACGAACCCGGCAUUUUCGACUUUGACCAGGGCAUGAUGGAAGAUGAUGGAACCACCCUGCUGAAGAGGAAGCCCAGCCGAAUGAGCCGGCGCUGGAACAGAAAAAGCUCCAGGAGGGCCGAGCCUGGCCACCUGCCUCCAGGGACAGCGAGCCAGAGUGCGGGCACUGAUACCGAGGUGGCUGCUCCCGUGAACCAGAGCCAGGAUGUGGAAGGGGAACGCCAGCCUGGAACGAGGCUGGGCACAAGAGCUCCAGAGUCCCUCCUGGUCCACUUCUCUGUAAGGGAAGAAGCCGAUGAUCAGGUGCUCAUUUUGGAGCGAAAGGAGGGAAAAGGGGAAGCCGGUGAAAAGAGGAGAAAAGGACAGAUGGAGGAGAAAAUGUACGGUGGGAAUAUGAAGGUUGCCAAACGGACCACACUUAGGAGUUAUUGCAAGGUGUUCGACAGAGCAGUUCGUCGAGGUUGGGAGACCUUUGUUGCCAACUUGUACAGUGUGACCCUCACUCCUGUUCCUUCUUCCUCAUGCUCACCAGCCACAUCCAAGCUAAACAAGACAGUUGCUCUGGUGGAGUAUAGAUAAUACUGAAUAAGCUGUUUUUUUAUUUUAGUUGUUUGUGUUUAGCCUAAUAAGUUUAUUUUUAAUUAUAUGAACACUACUAAAGAAUAAAUCUGUUAUACCUGGAGGACGUCUCUGCACCUUUUUGUGUGUAGUUAUACGCUAUCUAAAGUUUAGCACUGAGCUUG